AGAAGGUAAUUCAAUAAAUGCAUAUCAUUGCAGCUCUUUCGCAUUCCUCUUUUUUCUCUCUCAUUGUUGUACCCAAUAGGUGCUCAUAAGUAUAUAUAUAUAUAUUUGGAAUCAACUCCUAGUUUCCUAAAAGCGCCCUUUUCUAAUCGUGAAACGUGCCAGUCGUAGUCGCUCGCUUUUCUUUGUUGACCUAAAAGGAGUUCUUUUCCAUCUGCAGCUGAAAGCAGUGCGCCAAGCCCGCGCAGCCACGCAUACAUCCGCCUUCUUAGCUGUCUCCCGCAUCUCAUAUAUAUAUUUUUGCUCGAAAUAUCUUUUUAGGACGGAAAGAUGAUGCGAUGGGCCGUUGAUGUGACAGGCAUCGACGUUGCCGAGGAUCUGAAACGAGAGCAGACCAAGCACGUUCAUGCGGACCCCCAAAGCAUCCACAACGAUUCGUGGCGCGCGACAGAUGAGUGGCGUCCCAACACCACCGGUGACAAUGACGAGCUGGGCGAGGUGUGGGUGCUGACGCGGGAUGACAUAGAAGAUGCCCUGCUGGAGCGGGCCGCAGAGUCGGAGGGUAUCUUCCGCCAGCUCAACGAAGCCUGCUCGGGAUCGCCGACCUCGCUGCAGCGGCAGAACACCAGGGCACCCGGUGUAAAUCUGAACGCGACCGUGACAUAUCGCAGCAGCAUCCGGCUGAGUUCCCUGCACACCGAUCGCAUGGAGAGCAACAGCGUGAGCAUGCUGUCAAACGACUCCGCCUUCGAGCAGCCGCCGUCGCGUGAGGUGCAAGUCUUUAGCACUUUUCUCAAUGCGCAGGGGCAACGCACGAAGGUGACGCUGACGAUGCCGCAGACGACCUACCGCGGCGUGGACGUCGUGACGGUGUUCCUGCAGCAUGCUGUAGCCUCCAACGAGGUGCUCUCGCAGCGCUUCUCGACGAACCCGCGCCUGUACAAACUCUUUAUCGCGGACGAGUACACAGGGGAGGAGGAGAUGGCAGCCCAGCUAGACUUGGGUGCGCAGAACUUUUCCUGCUACGCCGUGACGCCGCUGCCAGCGGCGAACCUCUACCUCUUUCCGCAGCGCAGCGAGUUGCUGACCACGACGGCGCGGGACAUCAGCCUAACAGUGCAGGUGCGUCCGCUCGAGUCGACCACCAACGCUGUGCAGCGGCAGUGCGUCGUGCCGGCUGACAUGCUGGCGGAGUCGCUGGAGACCACCAUCGGUAAUCGAUUCCCGGCGAAUGGCAUCAUACAGGGCUCGCUGCGCAUCGUCUACGGCCCACUAGAGCUCAACAUCAACGAGUACUAUAACUUUGGCCCGGGCUGCGGCCAACCAAAUUGCCCGAUCGCAGAGCGCACCAUCCUUUCGCUGUUUCGGUUUGGUGUGCGGGAGGUGGUGGUGAAUGGACGCGCCGUGGAGGAGGCCCCGACGGAGACGGUUUAUGACUUGGCGGAGGACAUUGUAAUUGACAUGAGCGUAGACGAAGCGACUUCCUUUCAGCAGUUUGAGGUGAUCUGCAUUAACAAGUACGGCGCGCGGCAGCAGCGUUUGCUGUGCGUGGAUGGCGAGCACCUCUACACGAUGCGGCCCAACGCGACGGAGACGAUGCCGAAGAUGACGGAGCGCGCCAUCAAAGACGUGGUGGAGGUGCGUACCUUCCCGGACAAGCCGAAGUACAUGGAGAUUGCGUACUCCAGAAGCGCGCACACUGAGGAGGAUCACUUUGAGUGCACCACGACGUACAACUGCGCCCUUCUGAACGAGAAGCUUCGCCUUGUACGGCGUGAGCUGCGCAAACGUGCGGCAGAGGAGGAGGAAACACAAGAGAAGAACGAGACAGCGGUGCAGCGUUUAUUGGCAGGCCUACGGAAUCGAUGGUUCAAGGGAAACGAUGGUGGCAGUAGGUGA